AUAAUGCCAGAUGAUAUUCACCCUCCUUUUGCGUGUUUAUAUCGCGUUCUAGAUUGAGCCUCAGAUCAUUCACUGCUCUCAUUUUUAGCGUCAAAACAAACAAGUCCUGAUCUCAUCCUGAAUUUUUCUUCACUCUUUCAUCUACAAUCUCUUGUGUCUCUCUCUUAUUCUCUCAAGUGUCACUCCUUUGACCACCUUCACGCUCUUUACCCAAAUGGAUGCUGCUGAGAGCAUCUCCAUCACUGUCUGUGGUGACGGUGGAUGCGGAAAAUCCUCCAUCACGCUCCGCCUUGUCCGCCGGGCUUGGACUCAAGAAUAUGACCCCACUAUUGAGGACUCAUACUCAGUGACUCGCACCAUUGACAACCGUACCAUUUUGCUGUCUAUUACCGACACCGCCGGACAGGAAGAAUACCGUGGGCUCUGGACCUCUUCCAGUCUUCAGUCCUCUGACGCCUUUCUUCUUGUAUACGACAUUACCAACGAACAAUCUCUUGAAGCUCUUGAUGAGUUUAUUCCCCUCGUCGAUAUUGAGGCGGAUCACCGGGACUCUACCGGCGGGGUUCCCCCAGUCAAGCUUAUUGUUGGAAAUAAGUGCGACCUCGAAACGCAACGCCGUGUCGGCGCGGAGUCUGCUCAGCAUUGGGCCCGUGAGCACGGAUGCGACUUUAUGGAAACCAGUGCGCGAGACAUGAUUAACAUCGAAGAGGCUUUUGCCCAUAUUAUCCGCGCGGUGAUGCAAGCCCGCAGAGACCCUCAGGGCUAUGCGCGCAAUCACAUCAAUAUUUACAGUCCAGUGCGGCCGGCAGACAGUGAACCUUUUGCCUCUUCCUCCUCGUCGCAGCCUGGACCCAGCACCAAUAAUGCCAAUGCCUCGUCGCUCAGACAGAAGCUCAAGGCCAAAGCCAACACCGGCAAGAAACUCUUUCGGUCACCUCGGGUUCCUCCCUCCCAGGAAUACUUGCAAGAGCGAUAUAUGGCCGAUCAACAGGCUCAGCAAGAUGCACAUGACCAGGAGCAAGUCUACGGUCGUUCCCAGGAUGAUCAUGCUUCUCAGCAGCAUUUGCAAGAUCGCUAUCCUGAGCAGUACGCCCGGGAGCAUAAUCAGCACCCUCAACAUUCUCAGCAUGACGAUGAAGGUCAAGCAGGCACUGAAACCGGCACCGGCCCUCCCGGCCCUAGAAAUGCCGCUGGCAGCACCUCUUCCGCCGGCUAUGGCAGCGGCUAUGGUACCGGCUCGGGCACUGGCUACCUCUCGCGGGAUUAUUUCGAGCGCAGGGAAGCCGAAGAGGCCAAACGCGCCAAACGCUCCUUUUGGAAGCGGCUCAAGUGCUGGUAGAUUGGCAACUUGUCUCGUGUCUUGUCUAUUUGUCUCUUCAUCUUUUCGUCUUCGUCCCUUUGUCCCUUGUCCGUUUGUCCGCUUGAUCUCAUUCCAUUAAUCAGUCCAUUUCAUUCAGUACUUUUCUUCUCUUCUUCUUCACCUUUCUUUUUCGUCUGUUGUCUUUUACUCCUCUUCUUUCCUUUUACUUGCCUUUCCCCACUUCCCUUCCCUUUCGUGUCUCUACUCUCUCUACCUUCUUUUCCUUUUCCUUUUCCUUUCCUCUAAUCUCCACCUACUGUCCAAAGCU